AUGUCAACUCCACCUCGAGAAACUAUUCAAAAGCAAAUACAACAGGACUGGGCGAAUAGGGAAUACAUUGAAGUUAUUACAGGAAGCAUCAAGAAAAUUACGGAUUUCCUCAACUCGUUUGAUAUGUCAUGCAGGUCUCGGCUUGCUACUUUAAAUGAAAAAUUAACAUCAUUAGAAAGGAAGAUUGAUUAUUUAGAAGCAUGUGUGACCAAAGGAGAAACUUUGACAUAA